AUGUUCAAUUCAUACAUUGGAUUAAAUGACUUUCCUGAUGGAACUCUUCUGAUUAUUUUAAAAACAUUGAACGAUAUUCAAGUAUUUUAUUCUUUACACGGUGCCGAUCAACGAUUAAAUAAAAUUAUUCAAGAUCCGAUUUUUACAAGUCAUUUGACUUUUGUUAAAUUGUUAUCAGAUAAUUUUAUCGAUUUAAUUUCUUCUAAUAAUAUGUUACUUAAUCGUUUUUGUUUACAAAUUUUACCUGAAAUUUAUGAUAAAAUUAAAUGGCUUGAUCUUGAUCUUGAAUCAUCAUUCAUGAAACUUAUUUUACGUGCUAUCGAUUAUCCUAAUUUAGAUACUCUAGGUCUUUAUAAUAUUGAUGAAAAAUCAGCUCCUGACCUUUUUACUGAUAGGUAA